UAACAUUUUCUAGCCGGAAAUUGAAAAUAACGGCACUGCUAACCGAAGUACGGAACCCGCCAUUUGUCCACUUUCACUUAAUUCCCUUCUUCAGCUCACCAUUACAUUUGCAGAGACCUUCACACUAAUCUGAUAUUGGCACUGACAGUCCCAUAAAUUCCCACCUAAUUCGCCGUUGUUUCAGUGCAAUCCCUAAAUGCUCCAUUUCUUUAAAAUCCUGAAGACUAUCUCACUUUGAUACUCCCAAAGCAAACAUGGCCGCUUACAAUCUUGCUUUAGUAAUCAAAAACAACUUGAAUGAAACCGAAUUUCUCCUUGUCAAACAAACCCCUCCUCCUAAAUUCGGCCAUGAAGAAUAUGACUCAUUCGUUGAUUCUGAUCUCUGGGACUUGCCAUCAACCAAAUUGAACCUUCUAGAGGAAGAACUGGUGCCUGGAAUUGUAAUUGAAGGUGUCGAAUCUCUUUUGGAGAAGAUCAAUUUGAAAAAAUACGACACUGAUUCGGCUAUUAGUAGGGUAUUAGAGCAAGUGGGGAUUAAGGCAGUUGAUGGAGUAGACUGGAGACUUUUCAAGUUUGUAGAGGAAGCUGAGUUUGGACCAGGAUUGCCUGUUCAUACGAUUUAUGUUACGGGAAAGUUGGCAAUUGGGAAUGAAAGUUUACCAGAAAUAUGUAAGUGGAUGUCUGUCCAGAGCUGUCUAAAUGGGCUUCUGGAUGUGAAGCCAAGUAGCGAUCGUGUGGGACCUUCGGUGGUGCUUGGUGUUAUAAAUGACUCGACACAAUCUCCACAGCCAAAACUUCUUACCAUCUUGAAGCACCAGGAAUACCCUCCUGGUGUUAUCCUCGUGCCUAUGGGAAGUAGGACAGCAAAACCAUUCCAUACGACAAACUUGGUUGUAUUUGCACCUCAAAAUGUCUCAAAUGAAAGUGGAGAUUAUAGUCCUGUAGCUUGUGGCAAUGCAUUGAUAGUGGACCCAGGAUGUCUUGCUGAUUUUCAUGGAGAGCUCUUGAAAAUUGUCACUGCUCUGCCCAGAAAGUUGGUCAUCUUUAUUACCCAUCACCAUCAUGAUCAUGUUGAUGGUCUUUCUAUCAUUCAAAAAUGCAAUCCUGAUGCUACUUUAUUAGCACAUGAAAAUACCAUGUGGCGCAUUGGGAAAGAUGAUUGGUCUCUUGGCUAUACAUCAGUUUCUGGCGGGGAAGACAUUUGCAUUGGUGGUCAAAGGCUGAAAGUCAUUUUUGCUCCAGGGCAUACAGAUGGCCAUGUGGGACUGCUGCAUGUCAGUACUCACUCAUUGAUUGUGGGGGAUCAUUGCGUGGGUUAAGGAAGUGUUGUCCUGGAUGUUACUUCUGGUGGGAAUAUGGCUGAUUACUUCCAGUCAACAUACAAAUUUAUUGAGGUUGCACCGCAUGUUUUGAUCCCAAUGCAUGGGAGAGUCAAUCUGUGGCCCAAGAACAUGCUUUGUGCAUAUCUCAAGAACCGCAGAAGUAGAGAAGCAGCUAUCCUGAAAGCUAUAGAAAAUGGAGCAAAGACCUUAAUUGACAUAGUUGCCAGUGUUUAUUUUGAGGUUGAUCGCAGGGCUUGGAUUGCUGCUGCAUCAAAUGUGCGGCUUCAUAUGGAUCAUUUGGUGCAGCAAAAUAAGUUACCAAAGGACUUUUCAGUUCAGAAAUUCCAAAGAACUUGUGGUCUGCAUUUUUUGGCCAGAUGGGCGUGGGCAUACCUAACUAGCAGGUUUCUGUCAAGGUUUAAGAAGUUAAGCACACUUAAAUUACUUAUUGCUGGAUCAGUGGCUAGCUUUGCUGUGCUGUACUCGGUUAAAUACAAAACCUAAUUAGGAUUGAGACAGGUAGAGGCCAAUUGGUCAGGUUUAUUGCAAUCCUAAAUGCAAUAUAACAUUCAUGUAAGCAUUCUACAAUAGUAAAUGGUUGUCAAUAUUUUCUUUACAGAAUAUAAAUAAGGACUUUGGUCAUUCACGAA